CACGAUCUUUAGGGUAUUCGGACAAGAACCCGAAUCCCAUAUUAACUACUGUUUUUUUUUAGAAGAACCCGUAUAUCUCAAAGGAGAUAUUUUAUUACCCAACUGCUGUUUUACAUUUACAGACUCCCAGUUUUUGGGUUAAAUGAAUUCAAAUUAUUUUUUUAUUUCUUUUUGUAAUGAGUCUAGAUUUUUUUUUUUUACUUGUAGAAUCAAUAACAACCCUAUUCUACAUCAUAGACACCCUCUUAUAUAGAACAAUUUUGAAUAGUGUGAAACACUCCACCUAUGACAGUAUUUACAGGUGGCGGUCUUUAACAAGGCCGAAAGAAAAAUACGGAUCGUUUAAUUAGUUUUGUUCGAUUGUUUUUAUUUCCUUCCAUUGGCGGGGAGUUCUGGAGGCGAUCUUGGAUUGACUCCGUUUCUUUCCCUUUCAAGGUCAGGAGUCAUUGUCUGUCUGGUUUACCAGCUUGCGAUUUGGUUCGUAGUGUUAGAAUUAUUCUCGCUGCAUUUUUUUGUUAAAUUUUAUUGUUCUGAUAAUUUGUACUACGGCUGCGUACUCUCU